GAAGAUUUUGAAAAUCUGGCCCUUUCUGAGGAAGUUCAGUCCAUUAUUGAUCGUCAGUUGGCGACUAUGUGCAGCACUUUUGAGCACAAUAAACUGCGAAAGGAUGCAGGUCGUAAUUGGGAUCGUUUUUAUAAUCGAAACGGGGCAAAGUUUUUCAAGGAUCGACAUUGGACCAAACGUGAAUUCCGAGAAUUGGCGGAAAUCACCGAAGACGAGGAUGUUCAGGUGAAUAUUUUGGAAAUUGGUUGCGGCGUUGGAAAUUUUAUGUUUCCUCUCAUUGAGGAUCUUAAUUCAGAGCGGAAGAAGCCAGUUAUCUUUUAUGCUUGUGAUAUCUCGCCGAAAGCUGUGGCAAAUGUGAAGGCGAAUUUAAUGUUCAACGCCGACUUCGUCUCCGUAUUCGUUUGUGAUGCGGCAUCCGAGGAUGAGCUGGCGAAAUCGAUCUCUGCUGCACCGAUGCCGGCACUGCUUGAACACUCCUCCAUUGGCGAUGUGCCUCCGACCAUUAGCUUCCAUCUCGCAACGCUCAUUUUUGUGCUCUCUGCCAUCCAUCCUCUUCAGAUGUCCAUCUGCCUUCGGAACGCUGUCCAAGUAUUGCGACCGGAGGGCAAACUGUUGGUUCGUGACUAUGGUUUGUACGACCACAGUCAAAUGCGCUUUGGGCGAGGUGCGCGUGUUUUGGCAGACCGCCCUCUCUACCGCCGGCAAGAUGGGACGUUUGCGUACUUCUUCACAUGUGCCGAACUGAGUCAAUUGCUCACUGAGGCGGGUCUUACAGUGCUUCGCUGCGCCUAUGUAUACCGGCGCACCGAAAACCGUGCAACUGGUCUAUCAGUGAAACGCACCUUCAUCCAGGCUGUGGCUAGGAAAGCUCUCUGA